AUGGCCAGUCGCGCUGCGAACAAACGGUUAACCCGCGAAUACCAGACAAUAUCCAAAAACCCCCCUCCAUACAUUGUUGCGCACCCAUCUGAAUCAAAUAUUCUAGAAUGGCAUUAUAUCCUCACCGGUCCAUCAGAUACACCCUACCAUAAUGGCCAAUACUGGGGAACUCUAAUCUUUCCACCAAACUACCCCUUCGCACCCCCCGCCAUCCGCAUGCACACCCCCUCUGGACGUUUCCAACCCUCUACCCGACUAUGUCUCUCCAUCUCCGAUUUCCAUCCAAAAUCCUUCAACCCAGCAUGGGAAGUGAGCACCAUCCUAAUCGGCCUGCUCUCCUUCAUGACGAGCGAGGAAAUGACUACUGGCUCCGUGGGCGCAAGUGAAGUAGAGCGUAAGUGGGUUGCUGGAAGAAGUCGAUGGUGGAAUAGCACGGGAGGCGGGAGCUGGAAUGGAGAUGGAGCCAAAGUACAGAAGGGAAAUGUUAAAGCUGGGGAUGGCGGCGCAAAGUUCAGAGCCGAAUGGGCGGAAUUAGAUAAAGAGAAUUGGAAGUGGAUGAAAGAGAAUAACAUCGACCCUAUGACAGGCAAUGCCAUGGUUGAUCCCAACGCUGCUGCGUCCGGAAACUGCGGGCCUGCCAUUGGUGGUUUGAGGAGGCCGAGCGGCAGUCAAGCAGUUGUAGGAGCGGUGGUCGAAGGCGGGAGAGCAGUUGGCGAGGAAGGCAGGAGUUGGGUGGCAAGGCAUAAGAUGCUUGUUGCUGGAGCAGUGAUAUUCACUUAUGUCCUAAUUGCGCGGUUGCUGGGUGACGGCUCUGGAAGUAGCCUUUAA